AAAAGGUCUUCUCGAGGAACAAAUACUGCCACCGACCUCCACCCGAUUUCAUCUCCAACCAAUUCAACCCAGCAAACUCAUUACCGACUUGCUAAUAGCUCCCUGUUACCAAUCACUUCGAUAUUUAAUAUCACCAUGGCGGCCCGUCCGCCGACUCAGAUUACGGUCAAGCGCAAGCGUGGCGAUGACGACAACAACCCGGUUGAUUUUCUCCGCCUCGAGCGAAGCAAAAGGUCUCGAAGCGUUUCCGGCGAUCUUUGGCUGUACCAGCGCAAAACCGUUGUUGCAAAACCCGCGAUCCCUGCGGCCGAGCCUUCUGCGGCUGCUAUCCCGACCAUCCAGCCGACCCGGGAUGGCGAUGAGAAACGCCUUCUCAAACGCUCACACAAGGCGCCUCCGGGCCCGGCUGGGGUAGAUGGCACUACGUCAGAGAACAACGCGGCAGGAGCCCCCACCGCAGAACAACCAGCAUCGAUAGCCCCAAGUCAUCUGGCCGCCGCGCGCACUCGGCGAUUUUAUUUGUCGAGAUCCUACUCGCCACAGCCGACUGCUGGCGUGUCCAAGAAGCGCAGCGCGCCCGCGGUGUUCGUGGAACGGGACGCGAAGAAGCAGCGGGAGUCGCUGAAAGCUGUCAUCGAGGAACGCAACAUACCGUUAACACAGGCGACCAACUCGGUCGGCGGCUCGCAGUCCGCGCAGUCUUCGUCAUCCGGAGAUGAGCGACCUACUGCUGCUUCGCUGCCCGAGACCACCGUAGAGUGCAUUACCGUCAAGUAUAAACGGCCCGGAGAUAGGGGUCGUUUCUUUGCCACGAGAUCCAAGAUCCCUACCGCCGCGUCCAUACUCGACCGCGGAAACGAUGAUAUGGACGAGAUUACUCGGCGUAUGGACAGCUGGGUCAUUGAUGAGAUCAACAAGAACCGUGAGAAAGUUGAGGCGCAGGACGCCAAAUCCAAGUAUAGCCCGGCCACAUCACGCUUCAAGCCCAAAGCCCCGCAGCACCGCCGUUCGGAGACGGCACAGCAGGCGGCUUCCACCUCGAAAGCUGAGGAUGUCAACGGUGGUGACACGACAGACGAAGAAGACUACGUGGUGGACACGUACGAACUGGUUCCCGCCGAACGCCUGUUGGACCAACCAGUACCGGCGGACCGCGUCGGUCUGCUAGUGUUCGAGACGGAACCCGACAUGGUCGAGUUCUUCUAUAGUAAUGAGAGCGAUGACGAUGACGAGAUGUUGGAAGAUGAGGACGACGAGAACGCGGAGAACUACUAUGCAAACGACUAUCCCGAUGAAGACAUGGACUGGGAUGAUGAGUUUGGUCACAACGCUUACCACUACAUGAACCGGAAUGCGUCGGAUCUGGAGGAGUUUGACGAGAGAGACUAUGAUGCGGAGGAGCUUGAUCGUGGGAAGUGGUCGGACGCGUUCUGGGAGCGAUGUGAAAGGGACGGAAGCAAGCUUCAGUAGGAUAGGAUAAGUCAGAUCCGUGGUUGUGGGAUCCGCUUUUGGUAUGGAUACUGAAUAGUUCAAAGGCCUUGAAUGCCCGUGUCACACGCAAAUCUAAUUUGAUUUGGCUGUUUGAUUAUGCACAGGCUGCAGGUUCCCAUGGAUAUUUGCAGCUAACCUGUAUACUAUCUCAUAUCCUGCCGUAUCCAU